GUGUGCAGCUCCACCUGUAGCAAGAGAAAUGAAACCAGCAACACGCACCGAGAAUCUUUUGCUAAAACCUAUACUGGACGAAUAAACCUGGUUAGUUUUGUAUCCACCCAGAAAGGAACAAGAAAAAUAUAAUUAACACUUCUUUGCAAAUUAUGAUCUGUUCAUUAGGCUACAUUUAUAGUUGCCUACAAAACUGGACAAAGGACUAAUAGCUUGUUAGCCGGAAAUCAUCAGGAAUGUGAAAAAAGCACGGUAGGGCCAAAUUCGGGGAACAAAGGGGACAUAAAGGACAAUGUAUUUGGUGGUUCUACUGAUUUUCAUUGGAUUUCUGGGGCCAACUUGUGUUAAUCUAAAUAAUGAGUCUCAAUCAGCAUCAUCAACAGAUUCACCACAUAACACGUCCUUAUCAGACCAAGCUGUUACGGUCAAGACUCAAAUGAUUAACAGAGUGAGGCAGUUGUGGCCAGCUGCUAAUCGUACAGAGAUCAAAAUUUUCAGGAAGGGGCCACUUAUUAUUGCGAGACAAUACUGGUAUCCCUCUUUAGUAAUAGGUCUUAAAAAACCACAACCCAUGUCAAGUGCAUUUACCACAGCCACAACCCCAACAGUCCCAAAUACAACACAGUCAUUUACCAGUAUUUUGCCUUCUUCAACUUUACAAACAAUCACAGAAACAACCGCAUCAGAACCACCAACAUCCAACACAACAAAGACCACGAUUUCAACACAAACAACCACCAUCAUUCAAACAAGCAGCACAACCAAUGAGAAACCUACCUCAAGAUCAAUAUCAGCAGCGCCACCAACAAACACAGCUUCAAGCACAACAAAUACGCAACCAGAAACAAUCAACCCAACACAACCAAACAUCACAACACAUUCUACACUUUCAACAGACUACUCAAUACAACAAACAAUCACAACACCUUUAGUGACAUCUAUUUCAUCAACCAGGACCACACUAGCAACUACAUUAAGAGAGCCAAUAAACAACACAACAAAGCACACGACCACUAGAAAUGAACACACAACAGCAUCACAGGUGACUGCAGAAUCUGUGGGUAUGGAUACGAGUGUACAGAAAACAACUGCAGUUUCAUCUACAAAUCUGCCAACUACAUCAGGAGCAGGAGACGGUUUUCAAGAGUUCAAAACAACAACAACAGCUGCAAGUACAACAGCUAAAAGAACAUUCAGUCCAGCAACACCACUUUCCAUGUCAAAUAUAUCAGGCUCCACAGUGACACCAGGAACAACAAAAACGGCAACAACUGCAAGUCCAAAUACAGACACUGUCAAAAAGACAACUCGGAUGGAAACACCCGAAGAACCUACCACGGCCAUUGGAGCUACUAAAGUGAAAACAACAAAAAAACUGCCUAAUGAAACAACAGUGUCUACAUCAGAAACAGCAUCCAGUGGUGUUUUUACAACUGCAGAGGCAACUACUGCAAGAUCAUCAGGAAUGACAUCAACAUUGCCAGCAGCUGUAUCAGAGACAAGCACAACAGCAAAUGUUAGAAAUGUAAAGGAGACAACCGCAGUCAAGACCACACCCACCUCUUCUGCAACAACAGAUAUAAGAACAACGACAACAGGCUUAGCAAAACAUGCUACUGUAUCUGAAGCCCUAACGUUGGUACCAGAAACACCUGAAGUUACAACUGAGUCCUCACCAGCAAAAACUGAAUCUGCAACACAAGUGAAGCCAGUAACAGUGGCUCAUGCUGUAGAUGUGCCCAAUACAGCACAGGCACCAGGGACAAGCACAGCAACAACUGUUAUAAACGAACCUGAAACAAGUACAACCAAGACUACAUUAGCACAGGGUUCAUCUUCUGUAAUAAAAUCUACAACAGAAGGUACAAGAACAACAACACGCUUCGCAGAGAAUGCUACUGAAUCUAAAGCCUCAACCUUGGUACCAGAAAUCAUUCAAGUUACAAUGGAACCUUCACCUGCCAAAACUCAAUCUGCAACACAAGUUUCAGUGAAGCCAGUAACACACACAUAUACCUCAGAGGGACCGACAAGUGCUAUCAAAGUAACACAAGAGUCUGCGACAAAAGCUGAUUCAAGUUCUACUUCAACACCACAGAGUACAGCGAAAGAAUCUAAUACAGCAAAUGCACCAGGGACAAGCACAGCAACAUCUGUUAUAAAUGAACCUGAAGCAAUUGCAACAAUGACUACAUCAGCUCAGGGUUCAUCUUCUGUAAUAAAAUCUACAACAGAAGUUACAAGAACAACAACACGCUUAGCAAAGCUGGAUACUGUACCUGAAGACUCAACCUUGGUACCAGAAACAUUUAAAGUUACAAUAAAACCUUCACCAGUCAAAACUGAAUCUGUAACAGAAGUUUCAAUAAAACCAGUAACAGUGGCUCAUACCUUAGGGAGCGCGACCACUGUCUUCAGAGUAACACAAGACCCUGCAACACACGAUAAUGCAGGUACUGCUUCGACAGCACAUACUACAUUGAAAGAAUCUAACACAGCAAAAACAAAUGCACCCAAUACAGCAAAUGCACCGAGGACAGGCACAGCAACAACUGUUAUAAAUGAACCAGAAGCAAGUACAACCAAGAUUAAACCAACAGAGGGUUUAUCCUCUGUAAUAAAUUCUGAAUCUGCAACAGUAAAUGUAAGGACAACGACAACAGACCAAUCAAAGGUAGCUACUUUACCUAAUGAUUUAGAAACACUUGAAGUCACAACUGAGUCGUCAAUGGCCAAAUCUACAACCGUUAUAUCAAAGGCAGUAACAGUGGCUCAUACUGUAGAUGUGCCCAAUACAGCACAUGCACCAGGGACAAGCACAGCAACAACUGUUAUAAACGAACCUGAAACAAGUACAACCAAGACUACAUUAGCACAGGGUUCAUCUUCUGUAAUAAAAUCUACAACAGAAGGUACAAGAACAACAACACACUUCGCAGAGAAUGCUACUGAAUCUAAAGCCUCAACCUUGGUACCAGAAAUCAUUCAAGUUACAAUGGAACCUUCACCUGCCAAAACUCAAUCUGCAACACAAGUUUCAGUGAAGCCAGUAACACACACAUAUACCUCAGAGGGACCGACAAGUGCUAUCAAAGUAACACAAGAGUCUGCGACAAAAGCUGAUUCAAGUUCUACUUCAACACCACAGAGUACAGCGAAAGAAUCUAAAACAGCAAAUGCACCAGGGACAAGCACAGCAACAUCUGUUAUAAAUGAACCUGAAGCAAUUGCAACAAUGACUACAUCAGCUCAGGGUUCAUCUUCUGUAAUAAAAUCUACAACAGAAGUUACAAGAACAACAACACGCUUAGCAAAGCUAGAUACUGUACCUGAAGACUCAACCUUGGUACCAGAAACAUUUAAAGUUACAAAAAAACCUUCACCAGUCAAAACUGAAUCUGUAACAGAAGUUUCAAUAAAACCAGUAACAGUGGCUCAUACCUUAGGAAGCGCGACCACUGUCUUCAGAGUAACACAAGACCCUGCAACACACGAUAAUGCAGGUACUGCUUCGACAGCACAUACUACAUUGAAAGAAUCUAACACAGCAAAAACAAAUGCACCCAAUACAGCAAAUGCACCGAGGACAGGCACAGCAACAACUGUUAUAAAUGAACCAGAAGCAAGUACAACCAAGAUUAAACCAACAGAGGGUUUAUCCUCUGUAAUAAAUUCUGAAUCUGCAACAGUAAAUGUAAGGACAACGACAACAGACCAAUCAAAGGUAGCUACUUUACCUAAUGAUUUAGAAACACUUGAAGUCACAACUGAGUCGUCAAUGGCCAAAUCUACAACCGUUAUAUCAAAGGCAGUAACAGUGGCUCAUACUGUAGAUGUGCCCAAUACAGCACAUGCACCAGGGACAAGCACAGCAACAACUGUUAUAAACGAACCUGAAACAAGUACAACCAAGACUACAUUAGCACAGGGUUCAUCUUCUGUAAUAAAAUCUACAACAGAAGUUACAAGAACAACAACACGCUUAGCAAAGCUGGAUACUGUACCUGAAGACUCAACCUUGGUACCAGAAACAUUUAAAGUUACAACAAAACCUUCACCAGUCAAAACUGAAUCUGUAACAGAAGUUUCAAUAAAACCAGUAACAGUGGCUCAUACCUUAGGAAGCGCGACCACUGUCUUCAGAGUAACACAAGACCCUGCAACACACGAUAAUGCAGGUACUGCUUCGACAGCACAUACUACAUUGAAAGAAUCUAACACAGCAAAAACAAAUGCACCCAAUACAGCAAAUGCACCGAGGACAGGCACAGCAACAACUGUUAUAAAUGAACCAGAAGCAAGUACAACCAAGAUUAAACCAACAGAGGGUUUAUCCUCUGUAAUAAAUUCUGAAUCUGCAACAGUUAAUGUAAGUACAACUACAACAGACGAAUCAAAGGUAGCUACUUUUCCUAAUGAUUUAGAAACACUUGAAGUUACAACUGAGUCGUCAAUGGCCAAAUCUACAACCGUUAUAUCAAAGGCAGUAACAGUGGCUCAUACCUUAGAGGGACCGACCACUGUCAUCAGAGUAACUCAAGAGUCUACAACACAAGCUCAUGCAGAUACAGCAUCAACAGCACAUACUACAUUGAAAUCAAAUACAGCACAAUCAUCAAAUACACCAACUAGAGCAUCUGAAUCAGGGACAAGAACAUCAACAACGGUGAUAAAUGAACCAGAAGCAAUUACAACCAAGACUACUUCGACUCAGGGUUCAUCCUCUGUCAUAAAUUCUGAAUCUUCCACUGUAGAUAUAAGGACAACAACAACAAACACUUUACCUGAAGAUUUCACCUUGGUACAGGAAACAUCAAAGCCUGUAUCAAUGGCCCAUACUUUAGAGGGACAAACCACUGUCAUCAGAGUAACACAAGCUGAUGCAGGUACAGCUUCAACAACACAUACAACAUUGAAAUCUAAUACAGCACAAUCAUCAAAAACACCAACUAGAGCAACUGAAUCAGGGACAAGCACAUCAACAGCUGUUAUAAAUGAACCAGAAGCAAUUACAACCAAGACUACACCAGCCGAAUAUACAAACUCUGUAUUCAAAUCUACAACGGAAGGUACAAGGACAACAACAACAGGCUUAACAAAGAGUGCUACAGUACCUAAAACCUUGGUAAUAGAAACAUCUCACGUUACAAUGGAACCUCCACUAGACCAAACUGCAACAGUUACAUCAAAGCCAGUAACAGUGGCUCAUACCUUAGCACCAAACACUGUCAUCAGAGCAACACAAACUGAUUUAAAUUCUGCUUCAACAACCCAUAAGAUAUUGAAAGAAUCUAACACAGCAAAUGCACCAGGCACAAGCUCAGCAACAACUGUUAUGAUUGAACAAGAAACAAGUACAACCAAGACUUCAGCUCAGGGUUCAUCCUCUGUAAUAAAUUCUGAAUCUGCAUCAGUAGAUAUAAGGACAACGACAACAGGUCAAGCAAAGGUGGCUACUUUACCUGAAGCUACUUUAACCUUCGCACCAGAAACAUCUCAAGUUACAACUGAGUCAUCACCAGCCAAAACGGAAUCUACAACAGUUAAAUCAAAACAAGUAACAGUGGCUCAUAACUUAGAGGGGCCGACCACUGUCAUCAGAGUAACACGAGAACCCGGAACACAAGCUGAGGCAGGUACUGCUUCAACAACACAUACAACGUUGAACGAAUCAAAUAUAGACGACUCAACAAAUGCAACCACUACAUUAACUGGAUCGAGCACAACAACAACUUUUAUAAAUGAACCAGAAAUAACUGCAACCAAAACUACAUUAGCUCAGGAUUCAACCUCUGUGAUAAAUUCUGCAAUAGCAGAAGCAAGGACAACAACAACAACAGGCUUAGCAAAGCUUGCUACUGUACCUGAAGCCUUAACCUUGGUACUACAAACCUCUCAAGUCACAAUGGAACCUUCACCAGCUAAAACUAAAUUUACAACACAAGUUGCAGAUGCAGGCAUUGCUUCAACAGCACAUACAACAUUUAAAGAAGAAUAUAGUACAGCCAAAACAAACGCACCCAAUACAGCAGAUGCACCAGGCACAGCAGCAACUGUUAUAAAUAACCAAGUAACAAGUACAACCAAGACUACAUCAGCGGAGGGUUCAUCCUCUGUAAUAAAAUCUACAACAGAAGUUACAAAGACAACAACAACCGGCUCUACAAAGCUUGCUACUGAAUCUAAAUCCUCAACCUCGGUACCACAAACUUCUCGAGUUACAAUGGAACCUUCACCAGCAAAAACUCAAUCUGCAAUAGUUGCUUCAAAGCCAGUAACAGAAGCUCAGACUUUUAAGGGACCCACCAGUGCCAUCAGAGUAACACAAGAACAUGGAACACAAGAUGAUGCAAGUACUGCUUUAAGCGCACACACUACAAUGGAAAAAUCCAACACAUCAUCAAAUGUACCCAAUACAGUAAAUGCACCAGGGACAAGCACAGCAACAAUUGCUAUAAAUCAACCAGAUGCAAGUACAGCCAAGACUACGUCAACUCAGGGUUCAUCUUCUGUAAUAAAUUCUUCAACAGAAGAUGCUAAAACUACAGUCUUAGCCAAGAAAGCCACUGAAUCUGAAGCCUCAACCUUAGUACCAACGGAACCUCCACCAGCCAAAACUCAAUCUACAACACAAGUUUCAAUGAAGCCUAUAACAGUGGCUCAUGCCUUAGAAGGACCGACAACAAACGCAACCACAACAGCGCCACCAGUAGCACCUCCAACAGUCCUAAAGUCUGUAUCACCAACUACACAAACAUUAAAAUCAACUGAAAACACAACCACAUAUACAAGAACAACUCCUCUACCUCCAACAAUAAAGUCCACAAAUGCUUCAACAAGAAACGCAUCUGCGCCGCAUACUUCACCAGCACCACCACGACACGAACCAGCUUCAUUGAAACCCCCAACAUCAGCAGCAGCAAUGUAUGUUCCAACUGAGUUACCUACUCAUCGACCGGACCGGAACGAGGGAAGCAUAGACUUACUAUUCAGUCUCAACGAAACUUUCGACAUAGUGUAUAGUGACAGAACGACCGACGAUUUCCUCUCCUUGGCCACUAAAGUGGUUAUUGCGAUAAACAAACUGUACAAGGAGAAAUAUAAAGAAUUCAAGCGGUCAAGAGUCAACAGUUUCUCAAAGGGAUCCAUUAAAGUUGAUAUGACUCUGGUCUUUGAGAACACUUCCGUGGUCCCAAGCACCGCUAAUGUAGAAGAUGUUCUAUACAAUGCUGUUACGAUCAGUGACAUCCCCCUGAACAUCAUCAAUGAUACUAUCAAAGCAGCUACUCCUUAUACAGAUGCACUUACCACAAUUAAUCAGGCGAACACGGCAACUGUACAACAAACUACCGUGAAAACGAACACAAACACAGGAUACACAAACACGCCCUCUUCUGCAUCUCCAUGGACUCUUCACUAUUCAAUAAUGGCUGCAACUGCCAUCACAACAGUUUUCGUCACUCGUGCUGUUGUUUAAUUGAUUUAAAUGACAAUGAGCACUGCACAAGCUGAAUUAAGAGGUAUAAUACAAGAGAAAGAUCAAACCCAUGAACCAUAAAUACUGAAAUUAUAAAUGUCAAAUUGUUCAACUUUUCCUGUAAUAAUAUUGUGUUAAAAAAUCUUAUCAAUGCACUUCCAGGUUUUGGUUAUAAACCAAAAAUGUUUAGCACUUUAACCCAGAAUUAAAUUUCUUGAAUUGUGUUUUAUUGUUUUCAUAAUUAUAACAUAAAUGUUAUUUUUGAAAUGGAAAAAUAUGCUACACAGCAAAUAAAUAAAUAAAUGGUCAAAAAUGUAGGCUUAUCUGAAACUAUUUUAAUCAUAGUGAAAAGUCUUUAAAUGCUGUAACAUAAGUAAAGUAAAAUGUUAUUUAAUAAAAUUGUUUAAUAGAUUACUUAAACUAAAUAUUUAAGAAAAGCAGUCCAAAAAAUGUAGAAAAAUUUAAAUACAGAAAGUGACCCUAAACCUUUCACUGAUAAUAUAAAUAAAAACACAUCUCCAGACCUCAAAGGUCAGCCGUGAACUAACCUUUCCAUAGGCUAUUUGUCAGAGAAAAUAUUUUUAAAAGAACAUUAGUUUGCAAAACCAGAUGGUUGCUAUAAAAAAACAACACAAAAUAUUGAACAUGUUGCUUGUUUUUAUUCUCAAUUCUUUCUUAUAAAUGUUGUCUUGAAAGAAUUUCCCUUGUAUGUCUUCCGCUUUUUGUGACUGUGGGUCAAUUCAAAAUAAAAAGUGAAUGCAU